UGAACGCCCCACUCCAGGGUGCCUUCCGUGGAAUGCCAUUUACUUUCUGCAGUUCGGACGCAAUAACUCUCUCUCCGACCUUACACAACGAGUCUCCAAACUCACCACAGCCAUAGUAUCAAAUACCGCCAUGUUUUCAUCUCUCCUCUCCUCCUCUCCUCUCUUCCUCCUGUCCCUUCUCCUCUUCCUUGCCCCUCCUACCGCCGCCGAUCUCCUCUACCCAGAUUGCGGCACCACUGGCAACUAUACCACCAACAACACCUAUGAUUUCAACCUCCGCCUCCUCCUCUCCAACCUCACCACCCGUACCUUCCUUGCAGGUGGCUAUUCGAAUGCCACCAUCGGUCAGAGCCCUGACCAAAUCUUUGGUCUCGCCCUAUGCCGUGGCGAUGUCAACACCUCCUCAUGCCGCUCCUGCCUGAACACCGCCUCCGUCGACAUCCUCCGGCUUUGUCCCAACUACAAAGCCGCCGUCAUCUGGUACGAUCUCUGCCGCCUUCGCUACGCCAACCAGGACUUCCUCUCGAUGACCGACAACAAUCCGCAGCUCUUCCUGAAGGGCGUCGAUGGCAUACCGGACGGCGACCUGUUUGACGAGCUGGUGCAGAAGCUUGUGAAAGCUGUAACCGACUGGGCGGCAUUCAACUCGACAAGGAAGUUUGCCACUGGAGAGGUGAACUUCACGACGGCCUUUCCGAAGAUAUAUGGGCUGGCGCAGUGCACUUGGGACUUGAAAGGGUUCCAGUGCCAGCAGUGCCUCCAGUGGUUCUUCGGCCAGAUCCCGUCGUGGUUCGAGGGGGAACGGGGGGGCACAAUGCUCGGGGUGAGGUGCUAUUUGAGGUAUAAUGUAUCCAAGUUCUACCAGGAAGCAUCGAUUCUAAGGCUUGCAUCGCAGUUGGUGAACGCAACGGCACCAGCUGCGCCACAUACCCCAGAUAGAGAAGAAGGGAACAAGAAGAGUAUGACAGGUUUUGUUCUUCCAAUCAUCAUGCCUCUAGUGAUUGCAUUCAUGCUUAUCUGCACCAUCUGUAUUUGCUUCUGGAGGAGGAGGAAAUCAAAAAUAAAAUUACCAGAUGAGUCUAUCCCGGAGGAGAUCACAAGUGUGAAGUCACUGUUGAUUGACCUAUCAAUACUACGAGUUGCAACAGCAAACUUCUCUGAUGUGAAUGAACUUGGACAAGGUGGCUUCGGUACAGUGUACCAGGGAAUAUUACCUGAUGGACGACAAAUAGCAGUGAAGAGAUUGACAAUUAGUUCGAGGCAAGGACUAGAAGAAAUGAAAAAUGAGCUAGCUUUGCUUGCUAAGCUCCAGCACAGAAAUCUUGUGAGACUUUUGGGAGUUUGCCUAGAAGAACAAGAGAAGCUGCUGGUCUAUGAAUAUGUGCCCAACAGAAGCUUGGACACAUUUUUAUUUGAUCCUAUAAAGAGCAAAUGUCUACGUUGGGGGAGAAGGUACAAGAUCAUUGAAGGAAUUGCUCGGGCCCUACAAUACCUGCAUGAAGACUCUCAGCUAAAAAUCGUACAUCGGGAUUUAAAAGCCAGCAACAUCCUAUUAGGUGCAGACAUGAACCCAAAAAUUUCAGACUUCGGUUUGGCUAGGCUCUUUGGUGGUGACCAAACAGAGGGGACCACCAGCAAAGUUGUCGGAACACUUGGAUAUAUUUCACCGGAGUAUGCCAUGCGUGGGCAUUUUUCGACCAAGUCAGAUGUUUACAGCUUUGGUGUUCUAGUUUUAGAGAUUGUAACAGGAAGAAAUAACAGUGAUCCCUCUGAAGACCUUCUGAGCUAUACCUGGGACAAGUGGAGCGAAGGAAGAAGUUUGGAGAUAUUGGACCCAGCUUUAGGCCACCAUUGCCAAGGAAGUGAGGUUUUAAAAUGCAUUCAGAUUGGACUCUUGUGUGUUCAGGAUAAUCCAUCUGAUAGGCCAAACAUGUCUACGGUUGUUCUGAUGCUCAACAGCAACACUGUGUCCCAUAAAGCUCCUUCCAAACCUGCAUUAUGCACUAGAAAGAGUAGAGGCGCAUAUGACCACAAUUUGAGCAGGCCGAUUCCAAUGUCACCAAAUGAGAUGUCAAUCACAGAACUUGAACCAAGAUAGAUUUAAGAAGAUAAGGGAGAUAACUUUUCCCUUUUUUCUCCUUUUUCAAGGAGACAAGAAUGCAAGGAGAAGGUAGUUGAUUAAUAUCUUGAAAACCUAGUAUUUCUUCGAAACACUGAAGACUUUGCACGAUGGAUGUAACACUUGUAUUGUUGCUCGAAUAUUUUUAAGCAUUGGGAAACCAAUUUGUAUGUUAACGUCUUUC